UUGGGACGUUGUUGACACGUCUGCUACUAGUAUGAUAAGACAAGAGGGGGGAGACAGAGAGAGAAAGCUUUACUAGACUGACUCAGAGAGAGAGAGAGAGAGAGAGAGACUGUAGCCUCAGUGAGAGAGAGAGAGAGAGAGAGAGACUGUAGCCUCUGUGAGAGAGAGAGAGAGAGAGACUGUAGCCUCUGUGAGAGAGAGAGAGAGAGACUGUAGCCUCAGUGAGAGAGAGAGAGAGACUGUAGCCUCAGUGAGAGAGAGAGAGAGACUGUAGCCUCAGUGAGAGAGAGAGAGAGAGACUGUAGCCUCAGUGAGAGAGAACUUUAAAGUUAUGGAUUCAGCAGGAACAACAGUUGGUCUACAAUGGAAGUGGCUCCAGUAGUGGUUGAGGAGGUGGUCUGUCUGCACACAGUAUCCCACCCCCAGCAUGGAUGAUCCUCCUGGGCCACAACCGUCAUACUCCUCCUCCCAUCUCACUGGCUCCUCCUCCCAUCUCACUGGCUCCUCCUCCCAUCUCACUGGCACCACCACCACCACCUCUCCUUCUCCUCCACCACCACCACCUCUCCUUCACCUCCACCACCAGGUCUCUGAGGCUGAGCAAACCUAGCCGGGCCUCCACCACCCCACCAUUACCCCACCCCACCACCCAGACCCAACCACCCAGACCCAACCACUCUGCCUCCACAGUGGGUCCUCAGACCUAGCCAGCCCACCAUCACCCCACCACCCAGACCCAACCACCCUGCCACCACAGUGGGUCCUCAGACCUAGCCAGCCCACCAUCACCCCACCACCCAGACCCAACCACCCUGCCACCACAGUGGGUCCUCAGACCUAGCCACCCCACCAUCACCCCACCACCCAGACCCAACCACCCUGCCACCACAGUGGGUCCUCAGACCUAGCCACCCCACCAUCACCCCACCACCCAGACCCAACCACCCUGCCACCACAGUGGGUCCUCAGACCUAGCCAGCCCACCAUCACCCCACCACCCAGACCCAACCACCCUGCCUCCACAGUGGGUCCUCAGACCUAGCCAGCCCACCAUCACCCCACCUGUCUGUCACCAUGACACACAUGGACUACGAAUACACCCUGUUGGGUUCCUCGAUGGAGGACUACAGGAAGAGACCUCUGAAACCACAGGUGGACGACAGCCCCAUGAGCCUGUUUGCCGUGCUGGAGCUGAAACGGGACCCUCUCCAUCUCCACGGACCCUGGCCCUGGUGCACCCUGGGAUGUGGUGCGAGCACCCUGACCUGCUUCAGGAAGGUUAAACUGUACGGCUUCCUGUUCGGCCUCGCCGUCAUGUUCCUCAUCAUGGCUUCCUAUAUCCUCACUGGGGACAAGAAGGGCCUCCUCUUGACCCCGUCCCCAUAUCACUCCUCUACGGUGCCGAACUCGGGGUCCGGCACUGGGCCCGACCCCUUUAAUGUGUCUUCUGCCAAGGACUACGCUACCGUUAAGCUGGUGGUGAAGAACCUAGCGUCCAAGGUGGAGUUCAGUACUACCAGACAGCUGCCGGAACGCGAGGCGCUAAUACACAGUGAGCCACAUAUGUUUUCCGUUAUCCCCCACAAGUUUCUUCCCAACGUCAAGAACCCUUGCUGGUACGAGGAGCACACUGGGAAUAUCAGCGGGGACCCUUACAGGACAAACCUUUACGCCCGCUACUCGCGCCGCUUCAGAACCGUGUUUGAGUACCUGAGGAAAGCUUUCCGAGAACACUUGUACCGCCGCGGGGGGAAGUACUACCGCAUCCGCUGCCUGCCUUACUUCUACAUCAUAGGCCAGCCGAAGUGUGGCACCACAGACCUGUACGACAGGCUGCAACUGCAUCCUGAGGUCAGAUUCACCACCUUCAAAGAGCCUCACUGGUGGACCAGGAAGAGGUUUGCCCAUCUAGUGGAUAUGGCUCAGUUCUGCCUCCAGUCUCAUGAGAAUCCCGUCACCCUGCUAACAAGACCGUGUACAAGACCGUGUACAAGACCGUGUACAAGACCGUGUACAAGACCGUGUACAAGACCGUGUACAAGACCGUGUACAAGACCGGGUACAAGACCGUGUACAAGACCGUGUACAAGACCGAGCAUCAGGAAACCCUCAUUGUUAUUCAGGGCCACUGAAGAUGAGAAAUCCUACAAUUGUUGUAUAAUCCGUCUGAGUGAGGGGUUCCAUGACCGUUACCCAGUGGAAGACUAUUUGGAUCUGUUUGACCUGGCAGCCUAUCAGAUCCAAGACAACCUGAUGGGAAACGCCCACUCAGGAGCCCCAGAGCAACACAACAUCAUCAUAGGAGAGGCCAGUGCGUCCACCAUGUGGGACAACAAUGCCUGGGCGUAUUUCUAUGACAACUCGACUGAGGCGGAGGCGGAGCCACCCUUCCUCAUCCAGGACUUUAUCCACACGCUUCAGCCUGACGCAAGGUUCAUCGUGAUGCUCAGAGACCCUGUGGAGAGGUUGUACUCCGACUAUCUCUACUUUGGGAUCACUAAUAAGUCUGUGGAGGAUUUCCAGGACAAGGUGUCUGAGUCUCUCCAGCUGUUUGAAGGGUGCCUGACAGAGUACACCAUGCGCUCCUGUGUGUACAACACCACGCUCAACAACGCCAUGCCAGUCAGGUUGCAGGUGGGCUUGUACAUAGUCUACAUACUAGACUGGUUGACAGUCUACAGUAGAGAACAGAUUCUGGUCCUUCGGCUUGAAGACCACGCCUCCAACAGGAAGUACACAAUGCACCAAGUCUUUGACUUCCUCAACUUGGGUCUGUUGACGGAGCAGAAGGAAGCAGAGAUCACUAAAAGUCCCGCCUCCAACACACGGCGGCCAGCAGAUAAGAACCUAGGACCCAUGCUUCCCGUAACCAAGGAGAUACUGAGGGACUUCUACACUCCGUUCAACAAGAAACUGGCCAAGGUGCUCCGCAACGACUCCUUCAGAUGGGACAAACCUUCAGAACUCAUAUAAAGACUUGUUUUAAUGGGGAAACCAUUCAGAACUCAUAAAGACUUGUUUUAAUGGGGAAACCAUUCAGAACUCAUAUAAAGACUUGUUUUAAUGGGAAAACCAUUCAGAACUCAUAUAAAGACUUGUUUUAAUGGGGAAACCAUUCAGAACUCAUAUAAAAACUUGUUUUAAUGGGACAACCAUUCAGAACUCAUAUAAAGACUUGUUUUAAUGGGAAAACCAUUCAGAACUCAUAUAAAGACUUGUUUUAAUGGGGAAACCAUUCAGAACUCAUAUAAAGACUUGUUUUAAUGGGGAAACCAUUCAGAACUCAUAUAAAGACUUGUUUUUUAAUGGGGAAACCAUUCAGAACUCAUAUAAAGACUUGUUUUAAUGGGGAAACCAUUCAGAACUCAUAUAAAGACUUGUUUUAAUGGGACAACCAUUCACAACUCAUAUAAAGACUUGUUUUAAUGGGGAAAUCAUUCAGAACUCAUAUAAAGACUUGUUUUAAUGGGGAAGCCAUUCAGAACUCAUAUAAAGACUUGUUUUAAUGGGGAAACCAUUCAGAACUCAUAUAAAGACUUGUUUUAAUGGGGAAACCAUUCAGAACUCAUAUAAAGACUUGUUUUAAUGGGGAAACCAUUCAGAACUCAUAUAAAGACUUGUUUUAAUGGGGAAACCAUUCAGAACUCAUAUAAAGACUUGUUUUUUAAUGGGGAAACCAUUCAGAACUCAUAUAAAGACUUGUUUUAAUGGGACAACCAUUCACAACUCAUAUAAAGACUUGUUUUAAUGGGGAAACCAUUCAGAACUCAUAUAAAGACUUGUUUUAAUGGGGAAACCAUUCAGAACUCAUAUAAAGACUUGUAUUAAUGGGGAAACCAUUCAGAACUCAUAUAAAGACUUGUUUUAAUGGGAAACCAUUCAGAACUCAUAUAAAGACUUGUUUUAAUGGGACAACCAUUCAGAACUCAUAUAAAGACUUGUUUUAAUGGGAAACCAUUCAGAACUCAUAUAAAGACUUGUUUUAAUGGGGAAACCAUUCAGAACUCAUAUAAAGACUUGUUUUAAUGGGGAAACCAUUCAGAACUCAUAUAAAGACUUGUUUUAAUGGGACAACCAUUCACAACUCAUAUAAAGACUUGUUUUAAUGGGGAAAUCAUUCAGAACUCAUAUAAAGACUUGUUUUAAUGGGGAAGCCAUUCAGAACUCAUAUAAAGACUUGUUUUAAUGGGGAAACCAUUCAGAACUCAUAUAAAGACUUGUUUUAAUGGGGAAACCAUUCAGAACUCAUAUAAAGACUUGUUUUAAUGGGGAAACCAUUCAGAACUCAUAUAAAGACUUGUUUUAAUGGGACAACCAUUCAGAAUUCAUAUAAAGACUUGUUUUAAUGGGACAACCAUUCAGAACUCAUAUAAAGACUUGUUUUAAUGGGGAAACCAUUCAGAACUCAUAUAAAGACUUGUAUUAAUGGGGAAACCAUUCAGAACUCAUAUAAAGACUUGUUUUAAUGGGAAACCAUUCAGAACUCAUAUAAAGACUUGUUUUAAUGGGGAAACCAUUCAGAACUCAUAUAAAGACUUGUUUUAAUGGGGAAACCAUUCAGAACUCAUAUAAAGACUUGUUUUAAUGGGGAAACCAUUCAGAACUCAUAUAAAGACUUGUUUUAAUUGGGAAACCAUUCAGAACUCAUAUAAAGACUUGUUUUGCUGAGCGCAAACUUGAACUUUGUGAAAAUGCUGUGCAACUUCCAGCGUGCAUUCACUGUGAACACUGAGGCUGUCCCCUCUUUAAGUUACAGUUUUACUGUGAACACUGAGGCUGUACCUGCUUUAAGUUACAGUUUUACUGUGAACACUGAGGCUGUACCUGCUUUAAGUUACAGUUUUACUGUGAACACUGAGGCUGUCCCCUCUUUAAGUUACAGUUUACUGUGAACACUGAGGCUGUCCCCUCUUUAAGUUACAGUUUUACUGUGAACACUGAGGCUGUACCUGCUUUAUGUUACAGUUUUACUGUGAACACUGAGGCUGUACCUGCUUUAAGUUACAGUUUCACUGUGAACACUGAGGCUGUACCUGCUUUAAGUUACAGUUUUACUGUGAACACUGAGGCUGUCCCCUCUUUAAGUUACAGUUUACUGUGAACACUGAGGCUGUCCCCUCUUUAAGUUACAGUUUUACUGUGAACACUGAGGCUAUACCUGCUUUAAGUUACAGGUUUAACAGUGGCCAAUUAGGCUACUGUGGGUAUAUACUGUGGGUGUCAUAAUGUAGGUCUCCCUUUCAAAACAAUGUAGAAAAUGCAUCCCAUAAUAUGUUAACAUGGAAAUAGCUGUUCUAUCAUUCAGCCUCCAGUAGCAGCCAAUGUGUGGUGUUCAAUGCAGAGCUACAUUCCAUCAGACUUUUGAAGAAAAAGAAACAUGCAGUAUUUGACAUUAACCUGUUUAUCCACUUGUCCUUCGGACAUGGAGGUGACUGAACAUGUUGUUGUUUUGUUUGAUGCAAGAAACCACUUCACAAAAUAAAAUCCAUUAUUCUUCCCA